AUGGUGAGCACUUCAUUAGCGUCAAAGCGAGCUGAGUUGGAGCAGCGUAUCUCAAACAGGUCAUACACACCUGAUGAGAGGUCAGACACUGCUGCCAUGGCCAAUGGAAAGGGAGAUAAAGAUGCCUCAGCGUUUACUAGAAGUGUGUCUAGUGAUGAGGGAUCACACAGUCCAGAGGACAACCACAUGGAGAUCAACGGCGAUGAAGAGAUGAUGCAGCACGACCAUGAGAUGGCAGAGCACGACAAUGACGAUGAAACAGACAUCGAUGAUAGAAACUAUCCAGGCGAGCGAGAUUACUCGGACAUGCGAAGAUUCAGUCAAAAUGGAGAGAGAAGUAUGGCGGAGAAGGAAAGAGAUAGAGAUCGAGACUUCGGGCCCAGGAAUCCCAGGUGCUAUGAAGACGACUUAGACAAGGAAAAACGCGGUCACAAAAAAGAGCGGAAUCCUUCUGGCGGAAGCGGAAGCAGUGAUAAAAACAGUAACGGAAAUCUUGAUCGGGAUGCUGACUUCGAUGGUCAGGAUCGCGAUGGAAACUAUGACAAUCAGCGCAUGUACGACUCGCCCCAUAACGGUCGCAGCGGUGUCAGUAGAACCAGCAUUAACCGUCACGACCAAAGCUCACCUGGACAAAGUUCGUCUAAAGAGAAACGCCUAACAAAAUCCCUGUCUUCGAUUUUCGCAAAUGUCAGAACUAGCAGCAGCGGCGACAACAGCAGCAACAUCAACAACACAGAUCUUUCGGACUUACGACCCCCAAAACGUCACAUCGAGCGCCAGAACUUGAAUACUAGAAUGAUUCCAUCCUCGUCGUCAAGGAAACAGCGUCACCCAAUGAGACGAUUUAGUAGUGCCGGAAGCGAGCAAGAAUCGCCACAGUCCGGUUCUAGCCUUCCCGUCAGCUCAACAACUGCGGAAGCCAUUGAGAGGGGAGAAAUUGACGACAAUGAUCUUGUGACCUUUCUGUUGACCAAAGGUCGCGUACACAAAUGCGUACACUGCCAUAUGAUAUUUGAAGAUGCAUCUCUCUUCCUUCUUCACAACGGAUUUCACUCACACGACGACCCGUUUAGGUGUGUCGUCUGCAGCACGGUGUGUAAAGAUCGCGUGGACUUCAACUGUCAUCUGACUAGCCAUAUAAAAUGA